AUGGAAAAAGACGGAGUAAGGAGAGUUUCCGAGAGAGGUCAGUACUCGGUGAAAACGAUAGAUGACUGCUUCCGUUCGUGCUAUGCGCAUGACGAUUGUUUGUACAACGAAUAUCUGAAUGGUACGUGCUCAAUCUUCGCGACUGGAUCUGUUCAACACACAUUCAAAGGAGACGCAUACACUAUUGGAAUAGUGCGGUAUGAAAAGAUCUGUCAACGUGAAGUGGUCGUGGACAAACCAGGCCAGCAAGAUGCCCUCAAAACGGAAUUAAUAGGUACAACACCGGCAGUUCGGCGAGCGGGUAUACUGGCUAACCCCGCUCAACCGUUUAAACUUGGACGAUCUGGUGCUCAAACUGCUCGAAACACCGAUGCAGUAUUAGGCCAAGAAAGUGUUGAUGAUGAUAGCGUACUACAGUCAACAUUCGCAGGCCCGGAAUUGACGACAGUUCCUGCAUAUGAGCUUCUCGGUUGGGAGUACUACCACGAAACGAAUAUGUGCUAUAAGAAGUUCCGGGUGGCCGGUGGCGGUAAUCAAGAUGUAAAGGAAUCAGAGAAAAAUUGCACUGGUUACGGAGGGAAUUUAGCGUCAAUUCAUUCUGCGGCACAAAACAAUUUUUUACAGCACAUGCUCCCCAUCGCUCCCUGUGUGAUCGGAUUGAAAUUUGUUGAAAAUCAAUGUGGCGUUGCUCAUCGUUAUUGGUCAGAUUCUUCCGUUGUCAAUUUCGAAAAUUGGGAACCAGGAGAACCAAACAAUAAUAUGUGUGAGCAGUUCUGUACAUAUCUGCAAAGUGAUGGAACGUGGAACAAUUAUAGAUGUGAUGCUAACAGUGCAUUCGUCUGUGAAACUGAUAAUAUUGUCUACUGCCCUCAACGCAGAACGUGA